GCUGGUGGUGGCAUUCUAUGUUUAGGGCUCUUUCGGUGGAGAUCCGGCGCUGCAUGUUGGCUAACUUUCCUUGCGACUCCUGCACGACCUGCUGUACAGCGAACGAGCCACUCGGAGCCCUGCCUCCACGAGGAUCCAGAAGCAGAAGGCAGCUCUAGCAGCUUUGCAGAGGAGUGAGAUCCUUUCAGCCAUGAGGCAUAUGUUGAACCUCUACUUCUUGGGUGUCGUGCUGACCCUGCUUUCCAUCUUUUUUGGACUGAUGGAAUCACUGGAGGCCUUACUGGAGGGUCCAUCAACUGGGACCUCCUGGAGCACCAGAGGUCAACUAGCCAGCCCAGAGCCCCCCAAGGGCCUUCCAGACCGUCCAUCUCAGCCCAGAGGGUUGUGAUAAGCCCUCCCUCCAGCCAACAUAACCUUGAACACUGGUCAAAAUGCAUCCCGCCAGGUGUCCCAGUUCCUAGGGAGGCAAGCUCAGAGCAGCAGUGUUAUUAGAGAACUGACUGUGACUAGCCCCUUGAAGGGCCCUCUGUCUGGAUGCUCCCUGCCCUGGAAAGGAGCCUGUUUGACCCACAGGUGUGAGUGGUUGCCUGUGGCCGUGGAGUGGAGUAAUCUCAGUCUUCUCCCCAGGGUCUGCUAUAUGGUUUGCUGUCCUGGGCAGGGUGAUUCCAGCUUCUCUCAGUGGGGGUUUGUGCUGCAGCUUCGGCUGUUGGGAGAUAGUGAUGUUUUCCCCCUACUCCCUAGACAUCUUCCCAGAGCUGCCUUUGGACUUGGGUGUCUUGCAGUCAGUGGAUUUGGUGUUCGGCCCCUCUUCCAUGAGACUGCCUCUGCGUUUGGAUGACAGUCGAUAUGUGGGUCAGCUGUGAGGACAGGGAAGAUGGAGCAUUCUCGUGUUUUACAUUUCUAAGUCACUCCUCUAACAUAGUGUGUGUGCGUAUGUAUUGGU